GCGGGCGCGCGGGCAGGCUGGGCGUCCGCGCAGGCGCUCGCUGUCCGGGCUUCGCUCAGGCGCUGGCUGCUAGGCGUUCUUCGCGUCUCUUGGUCCGGGUUUGGGGCCGCGCGCCGGCGGCGGCACCAUGUUUCUUCAUUCAGUCAAUCUCUGGAACCUGGCGUUUUAUGCCCUUAUGGUCUUCAUGGCGACCCUGGGGCUGUGGGACGUCUUCUUCGGCUUCGAGGAGAACAAGUGCAGUAUGAGCUAUAUGUUUGAGUACCCGGAGUAUCAGAAAAUAGAACUUCCAAAGAAACUGGCAAAACGCUAUCCUGCAUAUGAAUUAUAUCUUUAUGGAGAAGGAUCCUAUGCUGAAGAGCACAAAAUUCUCCCUUUGACGGGUAUUCCAGUCCUCUUUCUUCCUGGUAAUGCUGGAAGUUAUAAGCAAGUCCGUUCUGUUGGCUCUAUUGCACUUAGAAAAGCAGAAGACAUUGACUUCAAAUACCACUUUGACUUCUUUAGUGUGAAUUUUAAUGAAGAACUGGUGGCACUAUAUGGUGGAAGUCUUCAGAAACAGACCAAGUUUGUACAUGAAUGCAUUAAAACAAUUCUCAAACUCUAUAAGGGUCAAGAAUUUGCUCCAAAAAGUGUGGCAAUAAUUGGUCACUCUAUGGGUGGCCUUGUUGCAAGAGCAUUGCUUACAUUGAAAAAUUUUAAACAAGAUCUGAUAAAUCUUCUUAUUACACAAGCUACACCUCAUGUUGCUCCUGUGUUGCCAUUGGAUCGUUUCAUAACAGAUUUUUAUAUGACUGUAAACAACUAUUGGAUUCUAAAUGCUAGACACAUAAAUUUAACCACGCUUUCUGUAGCUGGAGGAUUCCGGGAUUACCAAGUUCGUUCAGGACUGACUUUUCUUCCAAAAUUAAGCCAUCAUACCAGUGCCUUAUCUGUUGUGAGUUCAGCAGUGCCUAAGACCUGGGUCUCAACAGACCACCUCUCCAUUGUGUGGUGUAAGCAAUUGCAAUUGACUACAAUUCGAGCAUUCUUUGAUCUUAUUGAUGCUGAUACUAAACAAAUAACUCAAAAUCCCAAGAAGAAAUUGUCAGUUUUGAAUCACCACUUUAUAAGACAUCCAGCAAAACACUUUGAGGAAAAUCCAGCAAUAAUUUCUGACUUAACAGGGACAUCUAUGUGGGUUCCAGUAAAAGUGUCCAAAUGGACCUAUGUGGCUUAUAAUGAAUCUGAUAAGAUAUAUUUUAUGUUUCCUCUUGCAAAUCAUAGAAAAAUCUACACUCAUGUAUAUUGUCAGAGCACCAUGCUGGAUACAAAUAGUUGGAUAUUUGGCUGCAUAAACAGCACUUCUAUGUGCCGGCAAGGGAUUGAUUUAUCAUGGAAAGCUGAACUGCUGCCAACAAUUAAGUUUGUUGUGGAUUGUGAAUUCUUUAAAAAAGAGAUGAGAACCAUUCAGCUUCCUGUAACUCAUCUUUUUUCCUUUGGACUCUCUUCAAGGAAAGUGUUAUUAAAUACAAGUGGCCUGUUUUAUAAUAUAGAACUUCUAAACUUUGGACAGAUAUACCAAGCUUUUACAAUCAACGUAGUGAGCAAGUGCUCAGGAGUAAAAGAAGAAAUAACUAGUAUCUAUAAACUUCAUAUUCCUUGGUCUUAUGAGGAUUCACUAACUAUUGCACAGGUACCAUCUUCCACAGAAAUUUCUCUGAAACUCCAUAUUGCACAACCAGACAAUGAGAGCCAGGUAGCAUUAUUAAAAAUGUACACAUCUUCAGACUGUGAGUAUGAAGUGACAGUUAAGACUUCCUUUUCACAAAUUCUUGGACAGGUAGUUAGAUUUCAUGGUGGAGCUCUUCCUGCUUAUGUUACAUCUAGUAUCCUUCUUGCUUAUGGAGGACAGUUGUACUCUCUUUUCUCAACAGGUCAUUGCUUAGAAUAUGCUACUAUGUUGGAUAAACAAGCCAAGCCAUAUAAAGUUGAUCCUUUUGUACUUAUGAUUAAGUUUCUGUUGGGAUAUAAAUGGUUUAAGGAAUUAUGGGAUGUGUUAUUGUUGCCAGAAUUAGAUGCCAUCGUUUUAACUAGUCAGAGUAUGUGUUUCCCCCUUGUAUCCUUGAUUCUCUUUCUGUUUGGAACAUGCACUGCCUACUGGGGUGGUCUACUUUCUUCUACAUCUGUGAGACUCCUUUCUUCAUUGUGGCUAGCUUUGAAAAGGCCCCCUGAACUUCCUAAAGAUAUCAAGAUGAUAUCACUAGACUUGCCCUUUUUGACCAUUGUUUUGAUCAUAGUUAGUUGGACAACUUGUGGAGCAUUUGCCAUACUUCUUACUUAUCUUUAUUAUGUGUUUAAGAUUGUUCAUCUGCAAGCCAGCCUAGCAACUUUUAAAAAUAGCCAGACUGUGAAUCUCAAACACUCUAGAAGAAAUGAAAAAAAAUCAAAUCACCAUAAAGACUCUACAGUACACUAUCUUCAUUUAUCUGCCAAUGAUGCUGAAGAUAGUCUUCGUAUGCACAAUACUGUGAUUAACUUAUUAACAUGGAUUGUAUUACUCAGCAUGCCAUCUUUAAUUUACUGGUUAAAGAAUCUCAGGUAUUACUUUAAACUUAGUCCUGAUCCGUGUAAACCUUUGGCAUUUAUCCUUAUUCCAACUAUGGCAAUUCUUGGAAAUACUCACACCGUUUCAAUAAAAUCCAGUAAAUUGUUGAAGACUACUUCACAAUUUCCACUUCCUCUGGCUGUUGGUGUAAUUGCUUUUGGGUCAGCACACUUAUACAGGGUUCCAUGCUUUGUUUUCAUUCCUCUUUUACUCCAUGCGUUAUGUAACUUUAUGUAAGACUGGAUUUAAGGAAUGAUAAAAAUAAUUUAUAUCAUUAGAGUCAGUGUUAAGAGGGAAUGCACACAUCCAUGAAUGUGGAUGACAAGAUCCUUUGGAGAAGACAGGUCUAUUUUUACAAUAUUGAAAAUAGGAAAUUAGUUUUAUAAUGCUUGAGGAAAAUAGUUGAAGCAUGGUUUAGUUUUGUGGUAUGGCAUCUAAGUACUAGUCAUUUUUGAAAAAUUAGUAAAAGGAUAUGGUGGCCACUGUUUUUGAGGACUUCUCUGCAUAGCAGCUAUUCUGCUUGAUUGGCCAUACUGGGGAUCUUCUAAACACUGAGUAAAUGUAGCAUUGCUUGUAAUCUCAACUCAAGCAUUCUGCUCAUUUCAUCAAACUUUCUUCUGAAAAGUAGAUUGCUUUGUAUUUGCUACAGUAUGCAUAUUGAGAAAUCAGUCUUAAAAGAUUGAUGAAAUUCACAACUGUUUGGUUUCCCAAAAAUGAAAUAACCACAAGAAGUCUUUGGUCAGUUUUUGGCAGCCACAGUGAUCAAGGCAUAUCUUUUGUUUUCUUACAUCUAUGAAAAUACAACUUUUAAUUUUAAGGAGACAUGUUUUUUUGGUAACCAAUGCAAGAUUAAUUAACAUAAUUUAAACUCAAAAUUCAAUGAAAUUUUCUUGCUGCUUUUCAAAUGCAGAUCUUAUUUUGUACUCUUGGUAAACAUCAGGAGACUAUUAAAGAAAUCUGUUGUUAAAUUUAAAGAGAAUUCUCCCAAAUAUUUACUUACUAGCAUUGGAGCAGUACAGUUGUCCAGCAUAUGCCAUUUUAUUUAAUUCAUUGACCCCAUGGUUGCCAAAAGUGCCUCAGAUCAUGGUGGAUUGUUAACAUAACUAAAUUCCACUGGUCAGAAAAAACUCCAGGUUUGCACAGGUUUUGUCUACUGUAGAGAAAAAGCACGAUUAAGUGCUGUACCACAUUUGAUAAAUAAAAUUAUACUAUUAACGGAAUAACCACUACUCCAUUAAUAGCGUAAUGUAUAAACAAUAUACUUAAAUAGAUUGGAGGUUUUAGCCACUAGUUUUAACAAUGGAAUCUUAAUUUGCCAAGAUGAUUACUGUUUCACAGAAAAGAAAGUAUUAUUUCUUUCAUUUCAGACUUCAGCUCACUUUUAACUACAAAAGAGUAGGUAAUAGAGCUAAGUAUUUUGCCUUAAGAUAGAAUAAACUCAGGCUGAGGUGUACUUGGCUCAUGGAGCCUUUCCUUUAGAUGUAUAUGCUCUACAUACCCAAAACCUUUUUAAGUAAAGCCCUUAACUCCCAGUAGUACCUGCGAACUUGUGUCUUUGUUAGUACCCAGGAAUGUCCUAGAGUACCAGAUUCUUUUUAUCGGCUGUUGCAUCUGGAUUCCAUUACAGUCUCUCAGCUGUUACUGCCUGUGGAGGGUUACCUCACUUCUCUUCUCAGUUAUUCCUCAGGUCCUUGCUGUUUUGGCAUCAUUUGAGGGUUUCAGUGUCGUCUGUGAGGGUUUGUAAAUUUGUUUGAUUCCGUUGUUUCUCCCAGCCUCAUGCCUGUUGUUCAGUAUUUAUAUUUUCACUUACGAAGAUCAUUAAAAGGAAGUGAUAAUCUCAUAGUAAGACAUGGCAAAUAUUUCAGGUUCUUGUUGAUUUGAGAGAGGUAGCAAAGGGAUAAAAUGCAAAAUGCUUGUUUGUUCAGUACCUGAAAGGAAGGAUGUCCCAUGGCAUACCACAUGUAUAUUUAAAUAAGGACACAUGUGCCUAUGUUUAUCUGUUCAUAUACCCAUAAGUUUAUGUACAUUGUAUCUUUGUUUUUUUCACUGAUGUAUUUCAAGUUAUAGGUUAAUUGUGUCAUUUAACUAUUUCUGAAUUUAAACAUAUUUAUAUACAGAAAGAACUUUAGAAAAUUCAUUAAUUUGGAUCUUCUAUUGACAGCCAUAAUCAUGGUGUUUACAUGAUAUAAAGUCUUCUUGUUCAGUCAGGACCGUUCAUGACUAAAA